AUGCCUUCAGCCCUGAACUCUGCUCUGAAAUCCUACAAACGACCAGAACCUAAACAUCGUAGAGAAAUGGUCCGAAUCAUAGUCAAGGCUGCCAUGAAGAAAUGCAGUCGACCCUUGAAAAAACACCUGGACAUAAUCGCACGCAAGAUAGUCAAGGACCACCCAUGUUUCAAAGACGUUAUUGAUGGGCGCGUCGUCGGAACUGGACACGAGUCCCUGCUAAAUCAGCUCGUCUCAAGGGUGGAAAACAGCGUUCGCCCAGAAAAGCCAUCUGGCUCUCAAAGGGAAGAAAAAAGAAAGAAGAGGCAGUACGGAUGCCUAAGCCCGUGCGGACCUGACGAGGCCGAUGAUAUUUUGAAGGAAAAACAAGCUAAGCUCAAGGAAUUCUAUCAGCAUCGAGAAAACCAAAAGUACGAUAUACUGGAUCUUAUGGAGAGCACGUACUCACUGCAGAGGGCGAACAUUGAUUCUGGCGUAAUGAACGUGGAGGACCUCAAGGAGGCUUGGCCUUUCCUUUUCCAGCCCUUUGGUUUAUUUCAACACUUCAGACGACUUGUGUCCGUUGACAUUGAAAGUGCUCUCAACGAUUCACUGCCAAGCAAAGCUCAGAAGAUAAUGGAGUUUAUGCAGUACAAGAAACUGGAGAAGAAGAAACUACUUACCGUUCUUCAAGGACGUGCGGGCCAUCCCGAAAGUCCGCAAGCAGACAUGAUGUGUGCAAUCCUGCUUCUGGUGACAUACUUCGGCGAAAAAUUGGAACUGCUACUUCUUCACAGUGAGAAAGACAAGGCAGCCACCGACAUAUGGUGUUUCGUGGGCGUCAACCCUGAUAGGGGAAAUCGUCGAGAGAAGAAGAGCAAAACAUGUGUCCACAAGAAAGUUCUCAAGCUCAUCGCAGACAUGGCGGAGUUUGAGUGGAGUUGCAAAUAA